AUGCCCCUCAAAGACUACGCUGGAGCUACAAUAUCCGCGUUCAUCAAAGAGCACAUCAUUUGCAGAUUCAGUGCACCUAUGAUAAUCAGGGCAGAUAACGCAAAAUCAUUUGUGAACAAGGAUGUGAUCGAUCUACUCCGCCAAUACAAUGUAAGACUUCACACGUCUAUCCCUUAUUACCCCAAAGGUAAUGGGCAGGCGGAGGCAACGAACAAAACUCUCAUCCGCAUCCUCAGUAGGCUAGUGCAUGACCACCAUAGGGAAUGGCACGAACAACUAUCGUUGGAAAUUUGGGCAUAUAGCAUCUCUAAACGAAGUUCCACCGGCGCAUCCCCUUAUUCACUAGUCUACGGAGAAGACGCAAUUCUACCUGCAAAGAUAGCAAUCCCAUCCGCGAGAGUAGAAAUGGCUAGCCAUACCACGCCAGAUGAAGUGAGACGCUUUGCCCAUUUAGAUACAAUAGAGGAAAGAAUUACGCGGGCAGAAAGGUUCGUGGAAGCUUAUAGAAAGCGCGCAACCAACUACUACAACCAGAGCGUAAAAGAGAGGACAUCCAAGGUCGGUGAGCUAGUCUUGAAAAUCGCUCCGCAAGUACAAAGGAAUGCUAGUGCUGGAAAAUUCGCGGAAAAUUGGGAAGGCCCUUUUACAAUAAGAAAGGCGGCAAAAAGCGGAUACUACAAGCUUCGACGCAUGAACGGAACUAAAGUUAAGACGCCCAUCAAUGGAAAACGGUUGAAGAAAUUUUACGCAUGA